CGGCGAAUGCAUCGUUGAACCAGCCUGAUGUAACAAAACAUGCAUUUUGUAUCGUAAUGUAUUCGUUCGCUCGGCUUUUUAGACAAUCCGCCAGUUUGCGCCGCCUAACAGUGCUGUCAAACCAACUCCAAGCAGAUAGAAUGAGUGGACUUGCAAUGGCCAACAAUUCCAGGCAAACUGCUGGUAUUUUAAUUAUCGGAGACGAGAUCCUGAAAGGUCACACCCAGGACACAAACUCUUACUUCCUGUGCAAGGAGCUGUAUGACCUCGGGGUCAAAGUUGAAAGGGUCUUGGUCAUUGGUGAUGACCUACCAACCAUUGCAGAUGAGAUUGCCAAGUUCUCGUCCUCCUACACACACGUCUUGACGUCAGGGGGCAUUGGACCGACACAUGAUGACAUCACAUUUGAAGGGGUUGCCAAGGCAUUUGAUGAACCCAUCCACGCCCAUCCUGAGCUGGUCAAGCUUUGCAGACAUUACUUUGGCAAGGACAAAGAACUGGACUCGCCGGAAUUGAAAAUGGCUCAUGUUCCCAAGUCAGCGAGGUUGGUAUACGGAAUAAACCAAAAGACAGGCGAGCCCAACCCAUACCCACUGGUCUGUGUCCGCAAUGUUUACGUCUUCCCUGGAAUACCCAAGCUACUCAGGCGAGCGUUCAUGUCACUCAAGAAAGAGUUAUUCCAGCAUUUAGAAUCGUCAUUCCACAUGCGAGAGAUCUACAUGAACCGUUCAGAAAUGGACGUGGCAGAUAUUCUAAACAACUUCAAUGCUACGUACAAGGACACGGUGCUACUUGGUUCCUAUCCCGAAAUAGAUCACAGCUAUUUCAAAGUGAAGCUGACGUUAGAAACAAACAGCAAGGAAACGGUGGACAAAGCGCACAGAGAACUCCUUCAAAUGCUGCCAAAAGAAUUUAUCGUCAGUUAUGAAAAGGACCCAGCUGGCAACUCAGCUCAGCGGUUACAGCAGCUCCUGGUGGCCCCUGAAUCAGCACAGUUAGCGUGCUUCGUUGGCCCCUCAGUGAGGAUAAUUGAGGAGGCACUUGACAAGUAUCCACUGUCAUCCAUUUGUCUUGGUUUCAAUGGCGGGAAGGAUUGCACUGCGUUACUGCACCUCGUUUACGCUGUCAUAAAAAGGAAAUUUCCCAAGCAGGAGGAGCCUUUACAGAUUUUGUACGUCGACACCAAACGCUCGUUUCCAGAACUAGAGACGUUCAUCACAGAAUCAGUCCAAAGGUAUAAUUUGAAAGUCCUACGGGUGACGGGUCCUAUCAAGAAAGCCUUGGGAGUUCUCAAGCAGCAGAAUCCACAGAUACAAGCCGUCUUCAUGGGAACGAGGCAGUCUGACCCGUAUGCAGACAGUCUAGGUGCCUUCGCAAUGACAGACAGUGACUGGCCACAGUACAUGAGAGUCAACCCCAUGCUACAGUGGAGUUACCACGACGUCUGGGAAUUCCUGCGGACACUCUUUGUGCCUUACUGUCGAAUCUACGACAAAGGCUACACCUCCGUGGGCAGCAAGGAGGGUACUGACCCCAACCCCGCGCUCCGCUAUAUCAACAGCAGAGGGGAGGUGUGUUACCACCCGGCCUACAUGCUGCAAGACGGUACGGACGAGCGAACAGGACGAAAACGCUCCGUGAGCCAAAGUUUGGAUAACCAAACUCAGUGACGGAACUCAAACGUGGGCAUCGCCAGACUAAUUGGAUUGGGGGGGGGGGGGAGGAGGGGUUGCAGGUGUGACUACAAAUGUUGUUGACCGACCUCUCACAGCCUGGAAUGUACUGACUGUCAGAGAUUGGAAGUGGGUUGGACAUAAUCUGACUCGGGGGUGCUAUUGUAUCGACAACUGGCUGCAUCAUUUGAUCAUUUGUCUCUACAGCUAUGGGCUCCGUGCCCCAACAAGAGAGGGCGCCUUUUUAACUCUAUCCAGAGCAUGGAGGACAGCGUGAGCCAAGUUCGGGCAAGGACCAUUAGUCGACUAGUGCUUGAUUUGUGACGUACCUUACGCCUGCGCGCGGCUAUUGGUUACCAGCGAAGCAACCAGCCCCAGUAGGCUGGUUCCAAAUAGUCGACUAGCGUAGUCAACCACCGUCGACUUGUUCGGGCAAACGUUAGUUAACCAUUGGUCAACUAUAGUCCUUGCGCGAACUUGGCCUAGGACACACCCUGUGUGUGCAUACUGGUUCACGCAUGUAAAGCACACAUGACUAAUUUUACCCAGAAUGUGCACACAGCCAUAGCGUCUUCGCGUGAGCAUUAGGCAUGGUCUGCAAUGCAUUCGCAUGUCUCCCCCAGUGGUCUCCACCAACUCUCCCUUUCUUACCGUUGAGGGGGUACUUGUGCACGGAGCCCAUUGUCUAGGUCAUCAGCCUCUACAACUAUGUGGGAGCUGACCGUAUAUACGCAGCUGUAG